AGUCUUCUCAUCUGCCUGCACUCUGCCUCUGCACUCGGAGCUGUGCAGACCCCAACACUUCCCAUUGCACCUCACAGAUCCUGUGAUGUAAAGGUCUGCUAGGGCAUUUUAAAGAAACCCUCCGUGCUCCUACCUUGCGACUUGCCCAAAGCACUUUUUAUAAGACGAGGAUUCUUUCACGCAGCUUUACAAGAACAUCAAGAUGCCUCUGUCAGGGACACCAGCACCCAAUAAAAGGAAAAAGCCAACCAGCAGCAAAGUCAUUGCUGAAAUCACACAGGAAGUUUUGGAGCAGACAGAUCCUGAAUCUUCAAAGCUGAAUCUUGGCAAGAAAAUCAGCACACCCAAAGACAUCAUGCUGGAGGAGCUGUCGCUGCUUAGCAAUAAGGGCUCCAAGAUGUUCAAGAUGCGUCAGAAGAGAGUGGAGAAGUUUAUUUAUGAAAACAACCCUGAUGUCUUCAUUUCCGAUUCUGUGGAUAAUUUCCAAAAGUUCGUCUCUGGUCUUGGUGGUGAUGUACAGUCUGGAAGAAGCAUGAUGGAUGUUGGAGGACGCUUGGUCAGUGUACAGAUGGUGGGUCACUCCGGUACUGGAAAGCUACAGCAAGCUCCUGUCCCUCCUCCAAAACCUGGAGACCGUAGCAAGAGUACAGCAGGAGGAACUGGAGCAGGCAAAGGAGGAGGAUCAGGGAGCACUGGUGCAGGAGGAGAAACGACUGUGGAGAGUAUUCACAUUCAAGGGAAAACUGGUGAUGCAAGUGGUGGGAAGGGAGCAGGAAAGACGAACAUAACAAUUGUAAAGACAUACAUUUCGCCAUGGGAGAGAGCAAUGCGUGGGGAUGCAGAGCUGACAGCCACCAUGAGGGCCACCAUGCCAGGCCCCUGCACUCAACAGGAUCUGCCUAAGUAUAAGUGCUUCAACAGGUCUGCCAUGCCAUUCGGUGGCUAUGAGAAGGCGUCAAAGUUGAUGACAUUUCAGCUGCCAGAAUUUGACGCUGCUCCAGAAGAACCAGAGCCCCCUGUAGUUUACCAGCAUGAUAUUGCAUCCCGACCUUCUUUCAACCGUACGCCAAUUGGCUGGGUGGGAAGUGGGGACACAGGUCAUAUCACUGUGCAGCUGGAAACCGUUCCUUUCGAUGGAGAGACUGAUGAGCUCUAAACAUCUCUCAAGUAAAACCACUGGAUAAACACACACACACAUCAUGUUCAUUCAUUAGGAUCUUUUAUGAGGAGGAACUUAAUAUUCCCCUUUACUCAAGAACAGAGGCAUGUCACCACUGAAUGACAGUCUUUGUCAAUUUCAUGCAGUCAUAUGUGUGGAAUGCCCAUUGAAUCUUUAGAAAUUUAGUGCAAUAUUUAAGUCAAACUAUCUACACAGAUGAGGAAGUUUAAAAAGAUUUGGUAUUGUGUUCUAGAACUCUAGCUCUGUUCUGUGUGAAUUUGGCUUGCAUAGUCCAUUGCUGAGUGUGAAACAGCAUGAUGUCAGUGGCUAAAGAGAGUUCCUAAGACAUCUAUAAGUAAAAUCAGAGUCAGAGGUUUCCUCUUUCAUUAUUUAAUAAAUACAAUAAAUGCUAUGUAUACAAA